UGGUUUUGCUCGUUCGUCUAGCUGGCAUUGAAUCCUUAAAAGUGCAUAAAAUUAAAAAUUUUAAUAUUCUCCGAGGAAGUUGCAGCAGUGAAUUAUUCCGAUUAGUUUAUCAAACUGUGAUAGUGUUUUCUGAGAAUGAUGUGUGUAUAGCAAAUUUGUAUUGGUUGGUGAAAAUUGAAUCUUUUCUAUUGCGAUGUCUAAAUUAUAUAGGAAACAAGUAAGCACAUUCAGCUUAAGAUUCAACAUGUACUAGAACAUUUAAAAACACGAAAAGUAUUGUUAUGUAAAUUGAAAUACAUUUUAAGAUAACAGCUCCACAAUGCUUUCUGCUACAGAAGCCUUGAGUUUAUUUUGCAAAAAACUUUUCCAACGUUGGAACGACUAUUGUUAUAUGUGCAGACAGCCAUGGGUACUUCACAACACCAUUAGUUCCGCUGGUUCCACUUUAACAAUACGUCGGCAGCAGAAGGAAGAGGAGACUCGCCAAGAGCAGCUUAGUAUCCUCCGAGAGAUAAUUGCUGCCCGUGAAAUUGCACAUCACUGUCGACGCAAUAACUAUGUUUACAAUCAACUGCAUGAACUAGCGAACUUUCAUUUUAAGAUUGACCUUGAAAAGUUGUCCUUAGUACAACGAAUGUUUCUCGAGAAUCGUUUUAUAUUCGAGGCGAUUGCAAAACAUAUUCGUGUUAAGGAUCUGUUUACUGAGGUACAGGUCCACCCAGCCCUGGAUAACUUAACUAUCAGUAGGAGUAGCGUCGAACCUGAGCUACUUAAUAGUCUAGUAGAAUGUCUCUUGGACAACGAAUACCGCGGUAAACCCCGCAUUUUCACCGAUGCUUCCAAAUCUGUUGGUGGUCGUUGUGGGAUUGGAGUGUAUGAUGAGACCAACGGAACUCAAAUUAUGAUGCAGCUAAAGCUGGACACCAGUAUUAUGACAGCCGAAACACUAGCAAUCAAAGUGGCUAUGCAGCAUAUCGAGGAGUGUGGAAUUCAUAACGCGGUCUUGCUAACGGACAGUCAGGCGGCAUGCGUUUUUCUCAAAAAGAGCAGAAAUACUCGCACCAGAAACACGGUUGCGAAUGAUAUUCUUACAAAGGCCAAAUAUUCAAACACGACCAUACAGUGGAUACCAAGCCAUGUGCAGAUUGAGGGCAACGAAAUAGCGGACCGGCUGGCUAGGCAGGCAUUGUCAGCGCAGGAUGUUGUGCUUGAGAACGAUAUUUUUGUAAAUGACGCGAUUACCUACUUCGAGGAACGGCAAGCGACCAAAAUCAACCGAUGGUAUCAGGAGUACGUUACUCAGAAGGGGAAGUCGCUGAAACAGGUGAUUUGUGAAGCUGAAGGGGAAGAUCCGUACUGGUUUAUGACGCAAAGCUAUGCGCAAUAAACGAAAGUUCUUGUAUUUGACAAAUUUUAAGACUUUGUGAUAUUAGUUUUUGCCAACCUACUAUGCACCUCGGAGAAGUUAUACAAAAUAAUUACUGUUGUUUACUUCUAUUCAGGAAACGCAUAAAUUGAGCAUUGCUCGAACGCUACACGUCAGUGUAAGCUCAGCCGUAGUCAGUAAUAGACAGAUCUGCCGCCGGUGAACUGCUAUUUUUCUCGUAUAAUUGUAUGCUACAGCUACUCUUCCACUUGAUCAAAGGAUACCUCGCUCUGAAACACAUUCACAGUGGUACGGUUGGUGUUAACCCGCGGCGUGGUUCAGUAUCACUCGGCAGAAACGUGCCAGCCGGCAACAGACGAACACUCCCAUGACUCAAUUGUGAUAAUAUAUACCAACACACUAGACUGUUGAUUAUCGAUGUGAACAUAUAAAGCUGUGGGACAAAUCAAAUGUUCUUCUCAUUUGUUAUCAGUUAGGCAGUGCCUGACAAAGAGUGUACAGCGUUGAAGAGCACAUACAGUCGGAUGUGAAACGUAGUGGUCUGACUACUUAGCGGGACUGUGUGGUGGUGGUCAACUAGACACGGGCUGUGAUGUGAAGUGUAACUCGAGAUUUUGAGCAAAGCGUGGUCUUGUAGUUUUCGACCAGAAGAAGCAAGUUUUAAUUCGUUUAGUGUAGUGAUUUUUUGUACUAAUAAAAAGCACAAAAAUGGAUGUGGUAUACACAAGCGACAGUUGCGAUAGUGAUUCGCGAGAGCAGAAAACUGCUGACUUUGGUCAUGCCAACAAGCGCCAUUUGAACGAAGAUCUCCUGCGCAUGUGCAAAACGAAAAAGUUAGCCGAAGAUAUCGAAACGGUACUACUGAAUCAUAACAACUUGUCCACCGUUCCGACAUCCAUAACUGAGUUCGGCAACUUGCGGGUGUUGGACCUUAGUAACAAUAGCUUGGAACAGAUACCAGAGUUGAUAACACAACAAUGCCAGCUGACGACAUUGAUCGUGAAGAAUAAUCUGCUUAGUAACAAAUCACUCCCAAAAACGCUUCUUUCACUGAAUGGUGGCGGUCUGAAGGAACUGAACUUGAGCGGGAAUCGUUUCACACACUUUCCUGAGCAGGUGACAGAACUAAAAUCGCUCAAAUACCUGUACCUGGGCGGCAAUCAGAUCACGAAUGUCUCCAAAGACAUCUGGAAGUUGCAAAACCUCCAGCUCCUAUCGCUCGGCGGAAAUUUGAUCACCGAUAUCCCGGAAACCGUCGGGCUGCUCAACAAUCUCCACGCUCUCGUACUCUGUGAUAACCUGCUCGAGGCACUCCCGAGCUCGAUAGCCCGGUUGGUUCACCUCAAGUCGCUACUGCUGCACAAAAACCGCCUCAAGCAUCUGCCGCGCGAGAUCAUCACGCUCAAAAACCUAACCGAGCUCAGCCUACGUGACAACCCGUUGGUGGUGCGCUUCGUCAAGGACAUGACCCUCAAUCCACCCACUCUGCUAGAGCUUGCAGCACGAUCGGUGAAAACCGCCUCUAUCCCGUACGGUGCCGGCGAUCUACCGCGAACUCUGGUUGAGUAUCUGGAAACUGCCAAUUGCUGUGUUAAUCCUAACUGCAAAGGAGUAUUCUUCGACAAUCGCGUGGAACACAUCAAAUUUGUUGACUUCUGCGGCAAGUACCGUAUUCCUCUGCUGCAGUAUUUGUGCUCGUCCAAGUGCAUCGGCGAUACUAAAUCUUCUGACCUGCACGGAGAACCGAGCAGCAGCAUGAUGCGAAAGGUUUUGCUUGGGUGAUUCUGGCUGUCAUAUGUUCUACGACUGUUUAGCAAGAAAAACGUACUAAUCCAAUUCCGUAGAAAACUAUACUGUCGAACAAUUCUGAGGGCUAUUUACAAAAACGAAGCAAUAAUUGAAUUAUUAAUGUUUAUCAACAGUCUAACCUUAAAAUUUGUGAUUGGCUCCAAGAGCUUGUGGUUUCCGGGUAAUCAUAAUCCUAACAAAUCUGAUAUUGAAUAUAAUGCGUCGUAUGAUACCCGGCUGUUUUGGAAA